AUAAUAAACCGGUACAUGUGGGAGAGUAGCUGAGUUGAACCGCUUGUUUAGGUGUUUUUACUUUGUCUUCCCGCUGUGCCUGACUCGUAUGGUUGGAUAUAAAGGACCUUUGAACGGAUCUGGUUUCUGGUGCUAAGCGAAGAGCGGCCACUUGUUGUUAAAUGCAGCCAGUUCGCUCACCGCAAAGAGCAGCCGGUAAGCUAACAUCAACAGCUAGCCGACAGGGCAGCGUUAGUUAACGGACAGCAGUCACCCCCCCCGGCUCUUCACAGAUGGCUGAGGUGAGUGUGAAAGCUGAGGCUUCAGCCCAGCAGCAGAGCGAUGAUGGAGAUAACAAGAAGACUGUGGAAAGCAAUGGAGACUCUGCAGCGGAAAACCAAACUCUGUCCAAAAGUCAAAGGAAGAAGCUCCUGAAGCAACAGAAAUGGGAAGAGGAGAGGGAGCUCCGAAAGCAGAGACGAAAGGAGAGGAAGCAGCAGCGUCGCCUGCAAAGGCAGAGUCAUCAUCAGGAGGAGGAGGAGGAAGAGGAGGGGGCAUACAGCCAGAGUCCCAGGAAACGUCCACGCCGAGAGGUGACUCCCAGCUCUCUGAGGCUGGUGGUGGACUGCAGCUUCGACAACCUCAUGCUGAUGAAGGAUGUUCGGAAGCUUCACAAACAGAUCCAGCGGUGCUAUGCUGAGAACAGACGAGCCCUACAUCCAGUAGAGUUCUACCUAACAAGCCUGGGUGGACAGCUGAAACAGAGCAUGGAUGAAAAGGACAAAGGAUGGGUGAACUGGAAGGGCAUUUCCUUUAAAACCGAGCACUACAGCGAAGUUGUGGCUAAGGAAGACCUGGUGUACCUGACGUCAGACUCUCCCAAUGUGCUGGAGGAGCUGGAUCAAAAAAAGGCCUACGUGAUCGGAGGCCUGGUGGACCACAACCAUCACAAGGGGAUCACCUUUGAGAGGGCGAAGGAGCUGGGGAUCGAUCACGCCCAACUUCCUCUCAGCAGCUUUGUCAAGAUGAACAGUCGGAAGGUUCUGGCGGUCAACCAUGUGUUUGAGAUCAUCUUGGCGUAUCUGGAGAAGGGCAGCUGGCAGGAGGCCUUCUUCACCAUCCUGCCUCAGAGGAAAGGAGCUGUGGCCGUCGACCAGGACGGAGCAACCGUUCGGGAAAAAGAGGAGGAAGAUUCAGACUCCGACCCUGACACCGACACACUAGAGCAAACCAGGAAAAGAACCUAACACUUAUCCCACACGGACAACUCCAAACAAAGUUCUACCGUCUGAUGCUACAGGAACGAAGGGAAUAGGAAAAUGAAAAUGUUUGGAUUUACUGAUGCAAAGGCUAUAAUCAGAAGUUUCUGUUUAAAAUUUCAAAAUGCUUUUUGUUUUUUUACUAGAUAUUUAUUGAAGAUUCUAAGUUGUGCUGAUUUAAUUGCUCAGCUUUGUGGGACUGCUGAUAAAAGCAGAAUAUUUCAGUUUUGCUACAGCUUUUUAGAGCCGUUUAUUAUGCUCACAAACAUAUGUUUUACUUAGAUUUUUAUCCUUUUUGUUUGGAGCCGAAAGCUAAAGCUGUCAGACCUGUGCCAAAUGGACCCAUUUAAAAGAAAAGAUUUAAUACAGGAUAAAGACCAUCAUUCUCACUGGUUCUGGAAUUCCUGUUAUUGAUUUUUCUUGACAGCACAGUCACGAAAUGGAAUUAAAGAAAUUUAAUUUUUGAGGUGGA